UCUCUCAAGGUUAACGAGAAUAGUUCGUACAGGGCCAGAACUUCUGCUUUCGCCUUCCUCUAAAUUUAUCGGAAGAUUUCAGAAUUCUCAACCAAAUUUAGCGGAGUUGAGUGUUCUGAGUUGUGAGGUAGCGCAAAUGAGUGUGGUGGUUCUGUGGUGCUUGUUCGUAUCUGUCUUACUGUUCCAUUCAUGUGCUCUUGGGAACGAAUCGACGUCGGAGAUUGGGUGGCUGACUCGGGAGCUGCUGGAGUCGGCCAGGGAGCCCCAGUUCUUGGACUGGUUGAAAAGCAUUCGGAGGAGAAUCCAUGAGUACCCGGAGCUCGCCUUCGAGGAGUAUAAGACCAGUGAGCUCAUCAGAUCGGAGCUCGACUCGCUCGGAAUCGCUUACUCGUGGCCGGUGGCAAAGACCGGAGUGGUUGGUUCCGUAGGUUCAGGACAGCAGCCUUGGUUCUCUCUCAGGGCAGACAUGGAUGCUCUCCCUUUACAGGAAUUGGUAGAGUGGGAGUACAAGAGCAAGAACAAUGGUAAGAUGCAUGCCUGCGGUCAUGAUGCACAUGUAACAAUGCUUCUUGGUGCAGCUAAGUUACUCCAACGACAAAAAAAUGAACUCAAGGGCACAGUGAAGCUUGUUUUCCAACCAGCAGAGGAGGGCAGGGCUGGGGCUUACCAUAUGUUACAAGAGGGUGCUCUUGACAAUAUUCCUGCAAUCUUUGGCUUACAUGUACUACCAUCAUUGCCUAGUGGCACUAUUGCUUCAAAACCCGGUCAAUUGCUUGCUGGGUCUGGCCGGUUCUUGGCUAUAAUUCAGGGAAAAGGUGGGCAUGCAGCAACUCCACACAAAACCACAGACCCCGUUCUUGCAGCAUCCUUGGCAAUCCUUGCACUUCAACAGAUCAUAUCCCGAGAAACAGAUCCUCUUGAUAGCAAAGUGGUCUCAGUCACAUUCAUAGAAGGUGGCCAAGCAGGAAAUGUGAUUCCAGAAGCAGUAAAAUUUGGAGGCACCUUUAGGAGUAUGACCUCUGAGGGUCUCUGUGACCUUCAAGAAAGGAUCAAAGAGGUCAUAGAGACACAAGCAGCUGUACAUCGGUGUACUGCAGUAGUCGACUUCAUGGAGAAGGAACGAAGACCUUAUCCAGCAACUUUUAAUGAUGAAGAAAUGUACGAGCAUGCAAAAAGGGUUGGUGAGAGUUUGCUUGGGGAACCAUAUGUACAACUUAGUCCAAUGACCAUGGGAGCAGAGGACUUUAGCUUCUAUUCACAAAAGAUGGCCACUGCAUUGUUCUUGAUAGGGAUAAAGAAUGAAAGUGUAAAAUCAGAUCAACCCCUGCACUCACCACAUUUUUUUAUUGACGAGGAUGUUCUUCCCAUAGGAGCAGCUUUCAAUGCAGCUGUUGCAAUUACUUAUUUGGAUAGCCAUGUUGCUGACACUCAUUAGAUA